CACAUCAUUGUCAAAUAGCAAUGGUACAGGGUUAUAGUGUUGCGAAAUUUGAACAAAUCAUUGUUGCUUUCUGAUACGGUAUUUUAGACUAAACUGUUGUCAAAUGGCGGAGCUAUUGAACUAUAGAGUUAUACAAUUUGAACAAGCCGCUAUUUUCUGCCAUAUGUGAUUGACAAUACUGCUAGCAUGAUUAAGUUCUCAAGACUCUGUCGAUGUAAAUGUUAGUUCUAUAUAGAAAUUGUGAAGUAGAUGGACUGAAGGCGGAGACCGACAAAGUUGCCCUCUAUUGUGCUGAAAUGCUAGGCUCAAUUUUUUACGAAUUUGUUUUUAGAAUUAUGAUUCAGUUUAGUUCUCAUUAAUAUGAUAAGCUUGUACGUUGAGUUUGAAUUAAUAUGGUUUGUGCUUUUUCUCGUUUAUUCUUAUAGUUGAAUUUUACAUUUGGUGCAAGUCUUAGGAGGUUUAUAGCUCAGCUGCAUUUUUCGCUUCUCAUAAAGAGGUGUGAAUGCCAUUGUGGAUGGUGUUGGCUUAGUUUUCCAAUUGUCUUGCAGGUGAUCAGGUUGUUACCUUCAGUCAAGUUGUGCUGGAAGUUAUGAGGCAUCUUGAAGGAGCCUAUGCACUUAUUUUCAAAAGUUCAUAUUAUCCUAAUGAAUUGAUUGCUUGCAAGCUUGGUAGCCCGCUGCUCCUAGGUGUUAAAGAAUUGGAAGAAAAUAAGGAUAAUGGCUCUGUUUUUGAGGAAAAUAAAUUCCUAUCAAAAGAUGGAAAGCCCAAGGAAUUGUUUUUGUCCAGUGAUGCCAAUGCUGUGGUUGAGCAUACCAAGAAAGUGCUAGUUAUUGAGGAUGGUGAAGUUGUGCAUAUCAAGGAUGGCGGGGUUUCUAUUUUGAAGUAUGAGAAUGACAUGGGAAAACCCAUCACUUCUUUCUCCAGAGCUUCUUCAGUGCGACGUGCAUUAUCUGUUCUUGAAAUGGAGGUUGAGCAAAUAAAUAAAGGACAUUAUGAGCAUUACAUGCAAAAGGAAAUUCAUGAGCAACCAGAGUCUCUAACAACCACAAUGAGGGGGAGGCUUAUACGUGGGGGAUCUAGCAAAUCCAAGUCGGUUCUGUUAGGUGGACUAAAGGAUCACCUCAAAACUAUCAGGCGAAGUAGAAGAAUAGUUUUCAUUGGUUGUGGAACAAGUUAUAAUGCUGCCUUGGCAGCUAGACCAAUCUUUGAAGAACUUUCAGGUAUUCCUGUUACUAUGGAAAUUGCUAGUGAUUUAUUGGAUCGGGAGGGACCAAUAUACCGAGAAGAUACAGCCGUUUUUGUUAGUCAAUCCGGCGAAACUGCGGAUACUUUACUUGCACUGCAAUAUGCUUUAGACAAUGGUGCAUUAUGUGUUGGGGUAACAAAUACUGUUGGUAGUGCAAUAGCAAGGAACACACACUGCGGUGUUCAUAUAAAUGCAGGUGCUGAGAUUGGUGUGGCAAGUACCAAAGCAUACACAAGCCAAAUAGUAGUGAUGGCCAUGCUGUCUCUUGCAAUAGGAGGCGAUACUAUUUCCAAUAAAGCAAGAAGAGAAGCUAUCAUAGAUAGUCUUUAUGACCUACCAAACAAAGUCAGAGAGGUGCUGGAGCUUGAUCAAGAGAUGAAGGAUCUAGCAAAUCUAUUGAUUGCUGAGCAGUCUCUUCUUGUCUUUGGGAGAGGAUACAACUAUGCAACCGCUCUGGAGGGAGCUUUGAAAGUAAAGGAAGUGGCACUUAUGCAUAGUGAAGGGAUACUCGCAGGCGAAAUGAAGCACGGUCCUUUGGCAUUGGUCGAUGAAAGUCUCCCAAUUGUUGUUAUUGCUACACGUGAUGCUUGCUUCAGCAAACAGCAGUCUGUUAUUCAGCAACUUCAUGCCCGUAGAGGUCGUCUGAUAGUUAUGUGUUCAGAAGGGGAUGCUGCUUCUGUAUGCCCUGGUAAAUCGUGUAGGACAAUUGAAGUUCCACAGGUUGAGGAUUGUCUUCAGCCUGUGAUUAAUGUUGUUCCAUUACAGUUACUGGCAUAUCAUCUCACCGUACUGAGGGGAUUUAAUGUCGACCAGCCUCGGAAUCUUGCUAAGAGUGUUACGACGCAGUAAAGUAGUUUGUUUACUAAGGAAAGAGGAAGAAGUUCGUUGAGUUCUUUUUCAUUAUUCUGACAAAAUAUAUUACCAAGGUCCUUUAUAACACUCCAUACACCGCGACAUGACUGUGCUUGAUGAACACUUGAAUUCUUUAUCAUGGGCAGGGUAGCAUAUUAGCAUGUUGUAAAUCGAUAGAUGUAGGCUCACUGAUUAAUCUACAAGUCAGCUUGUCACCGGAUAGAAUAGACAUCAAGCAUUAUUUAUUUGCGGUAUUUGAUGUAUUUGUUUGAUAUGGUUGGAAUUGGAAUGAGUACUCUAAUUGGCAUGGCCUUACAUUACACGUCAA